UGUUGAAUAAAAUGGCAAUUACACAGGUAACCCAAGAAAAAGAAUACUCCGGAUCAUGAGGUUCUGACUUAAGUCAACCGAAAAAAUAAAGGGUUUUGUUUAAGAUUUAAAAAUCAACAGCUUUCAGCCUUUGAAGUUAAAUUAUAAGCCAUUCAAGUGCUAAUUGAUUAAUACCUGUCAUGGUAUUGUUAUAUGAGCCAAUAGGAGCGUGGCUUAUACAUUGCCCUGACGACUGACUUAGUUUACACCAAGAGAGCCAGUCUUUUCAUCAGUAUCAUUUUAAGCAAAAGAAUAAUUGUAACCAUAAGUCAAGAAGAUAAUUCCUGAGCUAGUACUUUACUCUACAAGCUAGUAAUAGUCUUGUAGCUUCGUAUUUAGCCAAGUCUUCUAAGUAAUUCCAUAGCAUAGUUCAUUAUUAUCAUUUAUCACCAUGCCACAGUGGAUUGAAUUGCCUCCAAACUUGGUCCCUUCUACACAGACAUAUGGUAAAUCUAUCUAUGCUACUGACUACUCUAGUAAAAGACCUGGUUUUCAAAUCCAUCUUCAAAAGGCAGCCAGAGGAUCUAGGAGCUUCCAUCAUCCACGCGUUCCAAAGGAUCCAAAUAGAAGCUCCAUGCGAGCCAGUCAGACAGGCAACUACAUGAGUUUCAAGGACGAAUACGAUAAAAACCUGGCAAAAAAGACCGGCAAAACUACCUUGAGUUUACAGUACAAAACACCUAGAGAAGAGACUCCUGAAAGCAAAGGGUCAGAAGUAUAUAGAGAGGUUCUUUCAGAGUAUGUCAAACCUAGUCUCAAUUUAGUGCGACAAGCCUGGAAGGGAGAGACGUCUGCAGUCAAAAGAGACAGAGAUCGCAUGUAUGGCUUGUCGGGAAAAAAGGUUGUCAUGAUUCCCGGGCCUCCUAAAUUUGAGGAAGGCAAGAAGACACCAACAGGUCGUAUCUUACCGGGUAUGAAGAGCUGGCUAACCAAGUCCAAUGAAUACGAAAAAGCUGUAGUGUAUAAUUUUAUGGACCACGUUGCCAAGGCGACUACCAAGAGGCCUGAUUUUCCCACUCGACCCAGUACACCUCAGCCUACCAAGUCAACAUUUGCUAAUGAGUACUUUUACAAGCAGCGAACGAAUAGUGCGCAAUCACAAAGGGUAACAGAGCGAAUGGAACUCCCUCCGCGACCAAAGACCGUUCAUUCGUUCAGAAACGAAGCUAACGAAGCGACUGAAGAGCAAAUGAAACAAGAUGAACAACCCAAGGAGCAUGCGCACGAGCAUGGUAGUCACGUGCACCAUACCGAAGGGAAAUGUGAUUACUGUGACUAUAUGAGAGUCAAGAAGUUACUGGAGUACCUGAAUAGGCACGACCCUCAUCUUGGUGAAGCAACUCUAAGGCAUCUUUUACGACCACGUGUUUACCCCACCCACACCUACCCAAGCUAUGAAGACUU